AGACGGUCAUCAUUGGCACACUGACACACUCCCGCUGCCACUUUCACUGCCACACUCUCUCCUCCUCCUCCGGUUCUCCCGUACCUCGUUUCCCUCACUCUCUCGCCUUCUCUCCUCUCCAACGCCCAGCCCGGCUCUGGACUUUUUCCCUUGUCCCCACCGUCUUUCGUCCUCCACCCUGAAGAUUUGUCCCUGAUCGUCAACUCCCAUCUUCGCCCCAAACCCCCCUGCUUCUCCAGCUCGUUCGCGCGCUGCUUCCUCUCCCGCGCGCUCUCUCCAUUUCGAUGCUGUAUACCCGUCCACUCGUUUAAACUCUCCAUGAUCUUCUCCCACUGGCUAGCCACCCUGGUGGGUGGCUCCCUCGCUGUCCAUGGCGCUCUCGGUGCCAUCACCCUUAAUGUCGAUGAUGAAAACUCCCUCAAAACGGCGGCCAAGACGGUCGCCUCCGACAUGAUCGAUUACUACAAUGCUCGAGAUUCCAAAGAUAUUCCCGGAAAGUUUGACGGCACUUGGUGGGAAGGUGGUUCGAUGUUCAUGGUUCUUAUUCAGUACUGGUGGUUGACUGGCGAUUCACAAUUCAACGCCGCCAUCCAGGAGGGCAUGUACUGGCAGAAGGGCGACGACGAUUUCUUCCCAUCCAACUACAGUCAGUAUUUGGGUAAUGACGAUCAGGUUUUCUGGGGUCUCGCCGCUAUCACCGCGGCCGAGCUCAACUUCCCCGAACAAACCAACCAGCCAUCCUGGGUGUCUCUCGCCCAGGGUGUCUUCAACACCCAGGUCCCGCGUUGGGAUACCAGCAGCUGCCACGGCGGUAUGCGCUGGCAGAUCUGGCCCUACCAAAGUGGUUACACUACUAAGAACGCUAUCUCCAACGGUGGUCUUUUCCAACUGGCUGCCCGCCUCGCGCUCUACACCAAGAAUGCUACAUACGCCGAAUGGGCCGAGCGCAUCUGGGAUUGGAGUGCCACCACUCCGCUUCUGAAGCAGAAGAACUGGAACAUUGCCGAUUCCACCACCUGCGAAACCCAGUGUACCGACCACGGUGAUUGGCAAUGGACCUACAACUACGCUACCUAUAUCAGUGGUGCUGGUUACAUGUACAACUAUACCAACGGAACUGCCUCCAAGUGGAAGGAGGGCAUUGACGGCUUGAUCGGUACCUCCAGUCAGUUCUAUCCCACCCAGGGCUACAAUGGCGCCGCUGGCAACGUCCUGGUGGAGAUCACCUGCGAACCGAUCGAGAAAUGUGAUCGCAACCAAAUCACUUUCAAGGCGUACUUCUCCAGUUGGCUGGCCUUCCUGACUACGAUCGUGCCCGGAUCCUCGGAUACCAUUCUGCCCAAACUAAAGACUUCGGCGCAGGCCGCGAUCAAGACUUGCACGGCGGGUACAGGUGGUAACCUCUGCGGUACCAAAUGGUAUGCGCAGGCCGCUGACGGCUCCACUGGUCUGGAGCAGCAGAUGGCGGUGCUGGGAGUACUCAAUGCCAACCUCGUUCCCUUCAAGGGCGGGGCGCCCCUCACCUCGGAGACUGGUGGUACCUCGAAGAGUAAUCCCAAUGCUGGUACCAACAGCUCGAACCAGCAGGUGCCUGUCCUGAACAACAUUACCACGGGUGACCGCGCGGGUGCUGGAAUCCUCACCGUCAUCUUCGUGACUGGAUGGGCGGUUGCCGUCACCUGGAUGAUCCGGGGUGGUUAGACUUGUGUUUUUUUUCAAUUUCUGUUCGGUGUUCUCCCAAUGGCCCCCCAGUGGGGGUUGCCUUUCUGUUCUUAUAUAUUCCCUUGACUUGGCCAUGUCUGUACUUCUCUUUGCUCGGCUUCUGACUUUCCUUCUCUGUAUCUAUCUGGGCCUUUUCUUUCCCAUUUUCUAUGUUUUUUUUUUCGUCCUCGUCUCUGCUGCUUGACCAGAGUCUAUCUUUGGCAGCGGUAUGUACGUGGUUGGGUGCUACGGCGUUUGGAGACACACUGCGAUUUGGGACGUCUUUACUACAUCAUCUUGCCCAUUGCUUUGACAUGGAAACCAAUGGAUUUCAAAAUUUCUCGGGUUAACGAGGAUCGACACUGCCGUUCGCUUGUUCUUUUUUGUAUAUUCUGUGGGGCGCCUAAGGCUGUGCUGAUGUAGGUGCAUGCUUAGUUGAAAUAUUACGCCAUCUUAAUAA